AUGGCAAAUGGUGGACCAGAGAGAUUCAAUCAAGUUUUGCAAAAUAUGAUAUCUACUUAUGUAAACUCCAAUCAAACAAACUGGGAUGAAAAUCUUAAUUUAAUCACCUCCGCAUACAGAGGAUGUGUCCACCAGGCGACCGGAUUCACGCCAAAUUAUUUAAUGAUGGGACGCGAAGCUAUUAUCCCGGUUGACGUUUCACUUGGCUGCAUUUUAGAGAAUAAAAUAAGUUCAGUGGACUAUGCCAUUCAACUACAAGAGAAGUUAACAGAGGCGCAUCAUAUAGCACGAACUAAUUUGCAAAAGAAUGCUGUCAGACAGAAGCGUGAUUAUGACACCCGGAUUUCAAAAACACAUUUUAGUAAAGGACAGUUAGUUUUGUGCUUAGAGAAGUCUAGACAUAAAGGAAUCAGCAAGAAAAUUGACCCUAAUAUUUGGAAGGGGCCUUAUGUUAUUACAAGGAAGAUCACAGACCCUUUUGUAUGA